AUGCCUGGUGUCAGUCCACCAGCCGACAAGAUGACUAACAAAAAGCGUACUUCAACGCAAGCUGCGGGAGAGGAUGGCCAGGAGAAGCCGAUCAAAAGAAGAGCGUCGACAGCGUGCCAGGCCUGCCGCGCGAGGAAGGUUCGAUGCAAUGUGCUGGAAAAUGGGCCUCCAUGCACAAAUUGCCGCUUAGACGACGUCCAGUGCACGAUUUCCAUCGGCAAAAGACGACUAGGAGUUUCGCGCGGUAACGCCGAAGCCAUUCUGCUUUUUUCUGAUCAUGGACCCUCAGACGGCGUCGAGGGCACGUAUUUCUCUGGCUUCCACAGCAACCACAACCAUGGCCACACCCACAAUCAUGGCCACAACCUUGGCCAAAUGCAGAAAAGAAACCUCAAUGGAUCACCACAGCAUGUUCCGCCGAUGAUGCAUCGAGCCGCAUUUCCCGCAUACAAUCGCACCUCCAACGUCAGUAUCGAGUCUUUCCCGGAGCAGCAGUACCAGUUCAUGGAGACCGCGUUCGGGCGGGCGGCACAUACUGCCUCUCCCCCAAUAAGUCAUGGGUCGGCUGAUGCCCAAAUGUCACUGGCGGCCGGACUUCCUGAGCUGCGAUCAAGUCCAGCCAACUUGCUUCCUCCGGUACUACCUCAAUGGGUCAAGCCCCUCCCAGAGCGUAUCAAUCCAGACGACGCCGAGUUCUUGGCCAGGAAGGGAGCUCUGUCUGUGCAUGACAGUGCCUUUAGAAACGAGUUGCUCAAGUGUUUCAUACGCUGGGUGUAUCCCUGGUCGCCCGUCAUAAGUUUGGACAACGUCGUGCGGACGAUGUCGGGCGGCAACGGGGCCACAGACAAGAUCAGUCUGCUGCUGUUUCAAGCCAUGAUGUUCGCUGGUGCAGGCUUCGCUGACCUCGCCAUCUUACGGAGUGCUGGUUUCAACAGCCGCAAAGACGCCCGAAAGCAUUUUUUCAACCGCUGCAAGCUCCUUUACGACUUUGAGUAUGAAGAUGAUCGGCUUGUCCUGAUCCAAGCUCUAGUCUUGAUGACGUAUUGGCACGAUAGUGCUGACGACCAGAAGGACAUCUGGCACUGGAUUACUGUUGCUGUCGCCCUGGCGCAGACGAUCGGCCUCAAUCAAGACCCUGAUACGCUCGAGAUGUCGACCUCGGAGAAGCAUCUUCGCAAGAGAGUCUGGUGGUCGUUGUUCAUGCGUGAUCGACUAGUUGCGUUAGCCAUGCGACGGGCAGCGAAGAUCCAGUUGAACGAGUCUCACGUUCCGCCACUUUCCAUUGCUGAUUUCGAUGUGUAUGAAGGUAGUGCUUCAGCUAACACAGACUUCUUGAAGAUGGACGUUGCUCAGCGCGAACGCAUAGCUAUGGUAUCUGUGGAAUGCUGCAAACUUUGCACCAUCAUCGGCCGUAUUCUCGAAACUCAAUACUCAACGACGUGCAUACGGCGACGAAGAUCUGGGAGUCAAGAAAGACCCAACACCACUACUACAAUGGUCCUCGUUCCUCGAAAGGCGCAGGACGACAAGAUCCAGGUUCUGGCUCUCGAUGCGAUGCUGUCAGGUUGGGCUGAGGAUCUUCCGCCCGAGAUUUCCUAUGAGAACAUCAAGAGACAGGGAAAUCAGACGGAUAACUUCGACAUGAAGCUGCAUUGCGCCCAGCUCUCGAUGCUAUACCACACUGCAAUCAUCAUGCUCUUCCGGCCGGCGCAUCUUUCGCACAGCGCAAACGGCACGCGAUUAGAGACAACGCAGGAAUCCAAAUCGGCACUGGACAAGACUCGGGACUCGGGCGUCCAGAUCACACGCAUCUCCACGGAGCUGGAAUCAAUGAACAGUGUGCGAUACCUGCUCACGGUCGGCGUCACAAUCGUGGUGCACGCGGCGAUGGUUCAGCUCAUCGAGGCGGGCUCACCCAACCCGACGCAUCGCCAACAGAGCAUCGAAAAUCUGGCCAAAAGUAUGCGCGUUCUCGAGCAGCUCUGCGAUGUGUACAUUGCAGCGGAUCUUGCAGUCCAGCUUCUGCAUGCAGGGAUUGCAAAGGCCGGAAUACGACUCACCACGUCUGGCCAGCAGCAACGGACCAGCAUCAGUCCGCUGAGCGUUAUCGACGAGGAGCCCUCCCGCGAAAGGUUCAUGAGCCAGGCGAUCCUGCAGGACAAGCCUGCGAGCGAUAUGAGCCUCAGCGAGGAUCCACCAAUGGUCAGCGCGACUGACGAAUUCGCGCCCAACCUCUGGCCAGGCCUCACGCCAUCUGGGCAAACCCCGGGCGUGGACAACUUGUUCGGAUUUCAUGACACGACGUUUUCCCUGGACGAGAACAUGGGGGAGUUUGGUAAUUUUGGUUAUGGUACGGUUUCCGGCGGCAAAGACGGCUUCUUCUCCGAAUCUGACGCAGCGCUCCUGGAGCCUCAUUUGCAAUGGAUAACGACGUAA